CCAUAGGUCCCCAACCGGCGAGCCCUCCUCCUUCGGUCUCUCCCGUUUUCCCAGUUCGCGCAGGGUAGCAGCCUGAGCCCCGAGCCUCCUCCUCUCUCUCUCUCUCUCUCUCUCUCUCGGUCUUCAAUCACUCUCUCAAACUCUCUGUCUCUCAUUCCCAGCGGCAACACUUCUCACUCUCAAUCUCUCACACCUCGCCGUCAGUCUAUCAUGUCGCCGUUUAGAGUCUCGACAGCAAAAGAUUUUCCGUCCAUUAGUUUAUACAGUUUCAGAGGUUUGGUUUGAAUGUUUGCUCUCUGCGGUUGUUUGGAUCUUGGAGGUAGAUGUAUGUGAGUGGAAAACAUCUGGGGUUUUGAUCGAUGAAGGUUCGAUGCAUGGAUCUAACUAUAUAUAUAUAUGUAUAUAUAUGGUCUGAAAGUUAACUACAUGAUUUUGUGUGAUGGGUUUGCGUUGUAUAACUCUGAACGGUUAAAGGAAGAUUUGUGGCAAAGCACACCACAAGAAAGAUUCUUGGAUCAUAAUCUCUGGAAAGGAAAAGCCUUGUGCUGCCGCCUUUUCUUUUUGUAUUAAAGGAGUUACUUUUGCAUUAUCUGCAUUGCAUGGAUGAAAGUUUACAGAUCUAGUUGACAGUAUAAAGGAGAAUUCAAGCAAUAUGAAGUUGGUGUGUCUGUUUUUGGUGUUAGUAGAAUUUGAUCACUGGAAAAUUAAAUAGGAUGGGAUGGAGGAGGAAGCCUGCGGUACUAAUUUGUAUCGAGGAGGAAUUGCAUUGGAUGUGGCAAACACAUUUAAAGCAGGACAAUUAAUUAAUUUCUUCCACUAGAUCAAGAUAGGUUCAUUGCUGUAGUCUUGCUAUUCCCCAGGGAGGACCUUAUAGAUGAAAUCAAAGGCGUCAAAGGUCUCAAGGUCCUCAAGCUCAAGUUCAAACUCAAUGAGAUCAAAAUCAAAUAGCCCUCAUGAUGAAACGAACUCAUCUUCGAGUAUACCAUCAGAAAGUGCUUCAACUGAAGAUGAUGCCAAUGUUUUUCAGUUGAUCCAAUCUCAUCAGGAAAAGGCUGCUCGGCUUCCCCCAGUUGAGGAAAUCCGAACUCUACUUCAUCUUAGUUUUCGCGGAACGCUCUCCACUUUUUCUCAGAAGCAUGAGGGUUAUCCAUCAGGAUCAAUGGUUGACUUUGCAUGUGAUGCAGAUGGAUCCCCAAUAUUACCAGUUAGCAGCUUGGCAGUUCAUACAAAGGACCUAGCCCUUAAUCCCAAGUGCUCAUUGCUUGUGGCUAAAGACCCUGAAGAUAGGACUGAUUUGGUGGUCACGCUGCAUGGUGAUGCUAUUCCUGUUUCCGAGAAGGAUCAAGCAGCGAUACGCACUGCAUAUUUGGCUAAGCAUCCCAAUGCAUUUUCGGUUGACUUUGGCGACUUCCAAUUCAUGCGCAUUGAACCAAAAGUUGUGCGAUACGUGUCAGGGGUUGCAACAGCCUUGUUAGGAUCAGGAGAGUUCGGAAGUGAGGAAUAUAAAGCUGCAAAAGUUGAUCCAGUUGCUAAAUUAAAGGCUUUUAUGGUUCAUGCUAACGAUACAAUAGCCAUUGUGCAACACUCGACGUCUAUUCCGGUGGACUCUGCUUACAUGUUGGACUUGGAUAGCCUGGGUUUCAAUGUUAAGGCUCGCUAUCAGGGGGAUAAUUUCAAGCUCCGCAUACCUUUUCCUAGACGUGCAGAGGAUCGAAAGGAUGUGAAGACUUUAAUGAUGGAAAUGAUUGAGGCUGCAAUGGCUCACGGUUGUUAUCCUCCCAGUCCAUAACAAGGAUAUUUCAGCACCUCGGAACUGCCAUCACAGAGAUUUGGAAAAAUUUGGACUCAAAAGAGGUGAAAUGAGAUAUUCGUUGCAGAAGGAUAUGCUUGUUUCUAUUGUAUGCUCAGAAAGAAGGUCUACAUAAUACUAAGAAUCAUGGUUACGGAAUAUCUGUCUGUCUGUGAAGUCCUCUGCCAUGUCCUGUUUGUUUGUUUGACAGAUUGCGUAAAGGAUAAAUUGUUAUGCACCUCGAUGCAAUGGGAUUUGAAUAUAUAAGAAGUUCCGGUUUAGGUUUUUU